UUUUUUUUAAUGUAUAAAUAAGCCCUUACUUCAUCAAACCACAAUCAUCGUCUCUUCAUUGCUUCCUUUCCUACCUCUUACUCAUUUUCUUCAAAUAAUCUCUCCAUUUUACUUCCAAUAAUCAAUGGCCACCACAACCUUUUCUUCUCAUAACAAUAUGACGUCGACUAUGGCUUUAGCAUUAGUCUUAUUGGCAGUACUCAUGGGAACCUCCUCAGCUCAUCUUUCUCCCAACUUCUACCACAACACUUGUCCUAACCUCCUUAGCCUAGUUCGAGCUGGUGUUCGGUCUGCUGUUGCUAAGGAAGCUCGCAUGGGUGCUUCCCUUCUCCGUCUCCACUUUCACGAUUGUUUCGUCAAUGGUUGCGAUGGAUCGAUCCUUCUAGAUGAUACUCCUACAUUUUUAGGAGAGCAAACAGCAGCUCCUAACAAUAGAUCUGUUAGAGGGUUCAAUGUGAUUGCCAAUAUAAAGGAGAAGAUAGAAAAAAUUUGUCCUGGUGUUGUCUCUUGUGCUGAUAUUUUGACUUUAUCUGCUCGUGACUCUGUUGUAGCAUUGGGAGGGCCAAGUUGGAAAGUGAAAUUGGGAAGGAGAGAUUCCAAAACAGCCAGCUUCUCCGAUGUCACUGGUGCCAUUCCUCCACCGACCUCCACCCUUGCCACUCUCAUCAAUCGGUUCAAUACCAAAGGCCUUUCCCCAAAGGAUUUGGUUGCUUUAUCUGGUGCUCACACAAUUGGAAAAGCAAGAUGUUUGUUUUUCAAGAAUCGUAUUUACAAUGAAACCAAUAUCGACAAGUCAUUUGCUAAGAAAAGACAAAAGAAUUGUCCAAGAAAUGGAGGAGACGAUAAUCGUACUCCUUUUGACUUCAGAACCCCAAACCUUUUCGAUAACAAUUACUACAAGAAUCUUUUGGAGAAAAAGGCUUUGCUCCGCUCUGAUCAAGUGCUACACAAUGGUGGAUCCACCGAUUCUUUGGUUGAACUCUACAGUCAUGACAGUGCAGCUUUUGAAUCCGACUUCGUGGCAGCUAUGAUCAAAAUGGGUGACAUUGAACCACUCACUGGAUUGCAAGGCGAGAUCCGCAAAGUCUGUAGUCGACCCAACUAAUCAACAUACCAUAAUUCACAAUCCUUCAAAUUUCCAUUCAAAUUUGUUUCUCAAGUAAUAAAAGCCUUACACAAGUAAUUGUGGAUGAUAUUGUUAA